UGACACCUAUCAAUGCCAAUCAGUGCCACCUAUCAGUGAUGUCAAUCAGUGCCACCUAUCAGUGCCAGUCAGUGUCGCCUAUCAGUGCCAGUCAGUGCCGCCUAACAGUGCCAGUCUUGCUGCCUAACAGUGCCAGUCAGUGCCACCUAUCAGUGCCAUGUCAUGUAUCAGUGUCAUGUAUCAGUGCUGCCUUUCAGUGCCCAUCAGUGAUGCCUGUCAAUGCCCAUCAGUGCAACCUACCAGUGCCUCCUCCUCAAUGCCCAUCAAUGCCACCUAUCAGUGUCCAUCAGUGCAGCCUAUCA